AUGCCAUUGUCUCAAGAACAAAAGGUCGAAUACGACUUAUACCAGAGUGAAGUGGAAAGACAGAGUCCCAAUGAUAUUUUGCAGUUUUCUGCAAAUUACUUCAAUAAGAGACUGGAACAGCAGCGUGUCUUUAUGAAGAACCAGGAGGCAUUUGCUCUAUCAAAGGGUAUUACUCUGUUUUCUAGACCUUCGAGAAGUGAAUCGGUGGCAGCGGCCUCUACAAGUAUUGGUGGAAACGGCGAGGAGAGAGACGUUUUAUUCAAGUCACCAUUUGCCAAUCAGGACCCUCAUGCUACGCACGAGGACGAGCAUCUCGCUUCUAACACACCUUCACAAUCAAGCUCAGCAACCGGACUAUUUAAAGGUAAUUUUAACGUGGGUCAGGAGAGUAGUAAACGAAUGAAGUCACCUUUGGACCCUCAUAGUGGCGAUACUAAGGAAUCGAAGAGGAAAGCUAAUGUGAAUCAUCAGCCAUUACCUUUGAAUUUCAAUGCCGAGAGACGUACCUCUGUCAGUGGUGAGACUUUACAACCAGAUAACUUUGAUGAUUGGACUCCUGCACAUUAUUCGGAGAAGAAUCAGGAUCAGUUGAAGAGACUCGCAAAGUCUAUUGGAAGAAAUUUUCUCUUUAACAAGCUAGAUGACGAUAGUAAGAUACUGGUAAUCAACUCGUUGGAAGAGAAAAUGGUGAAGAAAGGUACAGAGAUUAUCAAACAAGGAGAUGAAGGUGACUAUUUUUACAUCGUUGAAGAAGGUUCUGUGGAGUACUUGGUUGAUGGAACUAAAGUUAAUUCGUCGGGCCCAGGCUCCAGUUUCGGUGAACUAGCUCUAAUGUACAGUAGUCCUAGAGCCGCCACAGUCAUCGCUCUAACGGAUUGUAUUCUAUGGGCUCUCGAUAGAAUAACAUUUAGAAAGAUCCUACUCGGCAGCUCUUUCAAGAAGAGAAUGAUGUACGAUGAGCUAUUGAAGAGUAUGCCAAUCCUCAAAUCGCUGACUACUUAUGAUCGUGCCAAAUUAGCCGAUGCAUUAGACACAGAGUUUUACGAACCAGGCCAAGUUAUCGUAAAAGAAGGUGACGUUGGUGAAAAUUUCUAUCUGAUCGAGUACGGUGAGUGUGAAGUCUCAAAGGAUGGUCAAGGCGUGGUUGCGCAGCUGAAGUCGCGUGAUUACUUUGGUGAAGUGGCUUUGUUGAACGAUCUGCCACGUCAGGCCACUGUUACAGCAAAGACAAAGACCAAAGUAGCUACACUGGGUAAGAGCGGGUUCCAAAGACUAUUGGGACCUGUGGUCGAUGUCUUAAAACUGAAUGAUCCAACCCGCAAAGCCCAUAGCACAAGCAAAUAG